AUGUCGACCAAACCACCCUGUCAUCCUAACCAUCCUGUCACCAAAACCACCAUGUCGCCCAAACCACCCUGUCAUCCUAACCAUCCUGUCACCAAAACCAUCCUGUCACCAAAACCACCCAGUCGACCAAACCACCCUGUCGACCAAACAACCCUGUCACUCAAACCACCCAGUCACCCAAACCACCCAGUCACCCAAACCACCCUGUCACCCAAACCACCCUGUCGACCAAACCACCCUGUCACCCAAACCACACUGUCACCAAAACCACCCAGUCACCCUAACCACCCUGUCACCCAAAACCACCCAGUCACCCAAACCACCCUGUCACCCAAACCACCCUGUCACCCAAACCACCCUGUCAUCCAAACCACCCUGUCAUCCUAA